AGUUCUUUGUCUAGCAGUGUCUCGUAGUUUGUUUUAAUAAAAUUCUUAUAAAAACCAAAUGACCUGACGAGAAGCUUUGCAGUUCUUUUGAGAACUUUUACUUGCUUACAAUUACGUUUACGAAAAAAAAAAAAUAACCAGCCGAAAAUUUAAAUCAGAUCAAAUUAAAAGGAUUUGAAAUAGCAUAAUGAAAUUGAGUUUAUUUGUGGUGCUGGCAUGUCUGGCUUAUGCCUUGGCAGAAACUAAUGUUCCACAACGUGGACUUAUACAUCAAAUCCAAAAGGGUGUGGCUGGUCCAAAUCCUUACAUUUUUCUAACUGUACCAAAAGGUCGUUCCCAAGCUUUGGUUCAGGGCUUUGAAGUAAUUGAGGAAAAUGACGGCAAUAUAGAAAAUAAAAAACCAGCCGAUGAAGACGAAGAAGAGGAAGAUGCGAGCAAUGACGAGGAGGAUAUGGCCGAAGAUAAUGAAGAGGAUGACGAUGAACUGUUGGAUGAUGAAGAUAACGAUGAAGAAGAAUCUAUGGAUUCUUUAGACAAAAAUGUAAAUGAAAGCGAGGAUAUGGAAGACGAUGAUGAUGACGAUGAACUUGACAAUGUGAUGAGCAACAAUUUGAGAUUGAGAAAGUCUAAUGCCCAAAUCAAAAAAGCCAAAGCUACCCAGAUGAUGGUAUCUCGCGAACAUGCCGGCGCCAUUUUAGUACCCGAUGAGGUCAUUGAAAUUGAAGGUCAAAGCGUUAUUGACGAAAGAACCGGCAAACCAUCUUUGUUAUUGCCACGCGCUGUUCUGGACUCCAUACCCGAUGGUAGUGUUGUGGCCUUAAUGGAACGUUCGUCGGAUGAAGAUGAGCCUGAAGAACGUGCCAAUCGUGUAAUUGUCAGACGUCGCCGCAAGGGUGCUCGUCGUAACAUCAAACGCCGUCGUGGAGGCAACCAACGUCGCCGUGUCAAUAGACGUGGUGGUAAUAGACGUGUUGUAAAUAGACGUGUUGUAAACAAGCGCGGUGGCAACAAGCGCCGUCGCAUCAACAACAACAGACGCAAAAAUGUAAGUGUAGUACGUCGCGGUAAUCGUCGUGGCAACCGCCGUGGCGGAAACAAACGACGUGUGAAUCGUCGUCGUGUUGCUCUACAAGGUUAGAGUUUCAUGUAAUGACUACUCCUCUUAGACUUUACGUAGUAUUACCUAGUUUUUAGUCUCUUCUAUUUUUAACUCUACUCGACCACACUAUGCUUAAGCUUAUGAAAAAAAAACAAUAAAAUAAAUUUAAAAAAAUAACAAUAAACAAAAUUUACAAACACAUAUGUAACUUUGUUUCC